GGAGUCAGAAUUUGAUCUUUUCUCAUUCAUGGGGUUCUGAAUUUACUCAAAAAGUGUCAAACUUUGAUCACCGUUUCUCUCUAAAACCAUGGUUGGUGUUCAUCUUCAUCGGAUCAAAGCUUGUAACUUUCUCUCCUUCUUCUGCAUGAUGAUGAUGGUCACAGUGUGUUACGGUGCUACAGACCCAAAUGAUCUCAAAAUUCUGAAUGAUUUCAGAAAAGGAUUGCAAAAUCCCGAGCUUCUCAAAUGGCCAGAGAAUGGAGUAGGUGACCCAUGUGGCAAUCCUCCAUGGCCUUAUGUGUAUUGCAAUGGUGACAGGGUGACACAGAUUCAGUCAAAGAAUCUUGGUCUCAAAGGUUCACUCCCUCAGAAUUUGAACCAGCUCACAGAACUCCAGAAUUUGGGUCUCCAAAGGAACAAUCUCAGUGGGGUUUUACCAAGUUUCAAUGGAUUGUCCAAAUUGGAAUAUGCUUUCCUUGAUUACAAUGAAUUUGACACAAUCCCUUUUGAUUUCUUCAAAGGACUCACAAACAUAAGGAUCUUGUCUUUGGAAAUGAAUCCUUCUUUGAAUGCAACCACAGGGUGGUCUUUUCCUUUGGACUUGAAAGAAUCAUUGCAAUUAACCAAUCUCUCUUUUGUGCACUGUAAUUUGGUUGGACCAUUGCCUGAAUUUCUAGGCACAUUGCCUUCGCUUUUGAAUCUGAGGCUCUCAUACAACAGAAUCUCUGGUGGAAUCCCAAACAGUUUUGGCCAAUCUUCAAUUCAGGUUUUGUGGCUUAACAAUCAAGAAGGUGGUGGCAUGAGUGGUUCUAUUGAUGUUAUUGCCUCAAUGACUUUUCUUACACAGCUUUGGCUUAAUGGAAACAAGUUCAAUGGGGAAAUUCCAAACAACAUUGGGAAUUUAACUUCCUUGAAGGAGAUCAACCUCAAUGGAAACCAACUUGUUGGCUUGAUUCCUGAAUCAAUGGCAAACAUGGACCUUGAUCAAGUUGAUUUAAGCAAUAACAUGUUAAUGGGGCCAAUACCAAAGUUUAAGGCUGCUACACAAGUAUCUUAUGGUUCAAAUUUCUUUUGUCAGAGUAAGCCUGGGAUUCAAUGUGCACCUCAAGUUAAUGCACUCAUUGAUUUUCUCCAUGAUCUGAAUUACCCUUCAAUUCUGAGUUCUCAAUGGUUUGGUAAUGAUCCUUGUGGAGGGAACUGGAUUGGAUUGAGCUGCAAUCAGAACUCUGAGGUAUCUCUUAUCAAUUUGCCUAGGAGAAAUCUUAGUGGUACAUUGAGUCCUUCAAUUGCUAAGUUGAAUUCACUUGUUAAGAUUAUGCUUGCACAAAAUAACAUAAGUGGCCAAGUCCCUAGUAAUUUUACUGAAUUGAAAUCACUGAGUUUGUUGGAUUUGAGUUAUAACAAUUUUGAGCCUCCAUUGCCAAAGUUCAAUGAUGGUAUGAAGGUUGUUAUUGAUGGCAACCCUCUUUUAGCUGAUCAACAUGGAAAGAGUCCCUCGCCUAUUAGUAGUCCACAACCUUCACCCCCGAAUCCGGCAUCACCACGGCCUCUGCUCUCUCCGCCACCAAAACCAAAACCAACACCCUCGGAUAUGCCGCCUUCCCCUGCUCCGGUUCAAAGAUCAAAUGGCUCGAAAAGAUCAAAAUUGGUAGUAUUACUUGUUGGUGUUGGAAUCUUUACAUUUGUGGCUGUUUUGCUUGUUUCUCUAUUUGUAUGUUGUUUGAAGAAGAAAAAGGCUCCUAGCAGUCUUAAUCCUCACACUCAUGAUACAUAUAACCCAGAAACAAUGUUGAAAUUCGCAGUUUCGAGCUGUGAUGCCGAUACCAAGUCAACAAAGACAAGGUUAAGUUCUGUGAGUAACCUGAGUGGUGAAACAGAAAACACCCAUAUGAGUGAUUCUCGAAACCUUGUCAUAUCAGUACAAGUUCUACGCGAGGUGACGAAGGAUUUCGCAGCCGAAAAUGAGCUAGGGCGAGGCGGGUUUGGAACCGUUUACAAGGGAGAGCUAGGAGAUGGAACGAAGAUAGCAGUGAAGAGAAUGGAGAAUGGAGCUAUUAGGAGCAAGGGAGUGGACGAAUUUCAGGCGGAAAUAGGGGUUCUUUCGAAGGUGCGGCACCGGCAUUUGGUGUCGCUUCUAGGCCACGCAAUAGAAGGAAAUGAAAAACUGUUGGUUUAUGAGUAUAUGCCUUUAGGUGCUCUAAGCAAGCAUCUAUUUGAAUGGGAGAGAUUGAAAUUGGAGCCUCUGUGUUGGUCUCAGAGGCUUGUGAUAGCACUUGAUGUUGCAAGAGGAAUGGAGUACCUUCAUGGUUUCGCUCGCCAUACCUUCAUCCAUCGUGAUCUCAAGUCUUCCAACAUUCUACUUGCUCAUGAUUUUCGGGCAAAGGUUUCUGAUUUUGGUCUUGUCAAACUUGCCCCCGAUGGGAACAAGUCUGUGGCUACCAAGCUUGCCGGAACCUUCGGAUACCUCGCCCCUGAGUACGCAGUGAUGGGGAAAAUCACGACGAAAGUGGACGUGUUCAGUUACGGUGUGGUGUUAAUGGAACUUCUAACCGGACUAAUGGCUCUGGACGAGAACAGGCCAGAGGAGAACCGGUACUUAGUCGAAUGGUUCUGGCAAAUCAAAUCAAGCAAGGAAAAGCUUCUUGCCGCCAUAGAUCCUGCUCUCAAAGCCACUCAAGACAUUCUCGACAGCAUCUACAUUGUGGCGGAGCUGGCCGGACACUGCACCGCCAGGGAAGCAAACCACCGGCCGGACAUGAGCCAUGCAGUGAACGUGCUGUCGGCAUUGGUGGAGAAAUGGCAACCGGUUGACGAAGAAGUCAACGGUGGGUCGGGCGACAUUGACUACGGUCAACCGCUUUCGCAGAUGUUGAAGGUUUGGAAGGAAGCGGAAGGGAAAGAAUUGGGUUACACUAGUCUUGAAGAUAGUAAGGGAAGUAUUCCAGCUAAGCCUACUGGUUUUGCUGACUCAUUCACUUCUGCUGAUGCUAGAUGAAAAUUAUCCAUGCAAUUUUAUGCUUUUCUUGCUCUUUUUUUUAAUAUAUAAAUCUCUGUAAAUUUGACUUAUUAUAGAUAGUUAUAAUUUGGU